CAUUUCAUUCUUUAUUAACUGUAGACAAUGCCACUGGGAAGUAGCCAAGGUCACAUUUAUCUUCAUAGUUUGGUACUUAUUUAAGCAUUAAAGAGAACGAUAUCCUAAUUUCAUCCCUCUUAAAUCUCAAUUCGACAUAUUCACAUCUUCACAUUGUCUUGACCUCGGCUCUAUCGUCACAUUCUGUCAAGAUGGCUACUGAUAGAGUAAAUUCGAUUCUAAAGCACCUAUCCCCAGGAUCCCCUCUAUCCACCAUUACGUCAAAAAACCCGGAUGACAUAGUUAUUACGCUCGCAGUUCGGACACCUCUCUGCAAGGGUAAGAAAGGCGGGUUCAAAGAUACCACCGUCGAGUACCUUAUGUACGCCAUCCUCAAAGCUGCGCGCGAACGCUUGGGAUUCUCUCCGGAUCUUGUCGAAGAUAUAUGCAUGGGAAAUGUAUCAGAUGGCAAAGCAGCCUACAAAGCACGUGCCGCAGCUCUUUCCGCGGGGUUCCCCAACACUACGAGUGCUUCGUCCGUAAACCGGUUUUGCUCUUCCGGUCUCAAAGCCACCGCCGAUAUUGCUCAUCAAAUCUCUGCAGGCUCGAUAGAGAUAGGCAUCGCCGCCGGUACCGAAUCCAUGACUGCCGGUGGCGAUGCCCUCGAGCAACCGUUUGACAAAGAGGUAACUAAGCACAGCCAAGAGGCCGACGACUGUAUGAUGGCCAUGGGCUGGACGAGUGAGAAUGUGGCGAGGGACUUCGGGAUCUCGCGCCAGGCUGUCGAUGAAUUUGCGGCUGAGAGCUUCAGGCGAGCCGAAGAAGCGCAGAAGGCCGGCCUUUUCGAUGACGAGAUCGUCCCCAUCACCACUAGGAUAAAGGGGCCUGAUGGCGAAUUCAAGACCGUCACCCUAACUAAGGAUGAAGGUAUUCGGCCGGGAACGACAGCUGCCGGCUUAGGCAAGAUCCGCUCUGCAUUUACGCAAUGGGGCCCUAUUACCACGGGAGGUAACGCCAGCCAAGUUACCGAUGGCGCCGCCGCCGUGGUGCUCAUGAAGCGCUCCAAGGCUGUCGAGCUCGGUCUGCCUAUCGUAGCCAAGUACGUGGGCUCAACCGUCGCCGGCCUAGCUCCUAGAAUUAUGGGAAUCGGACCAACCGUAGCGAUUCCCAAGCUACUCAAACAGCAUAACAUUACUUUGGAUGAUGUCGACGUGGUCGAGAUUAACGAGGCGUUCGGAACUAUGGCUGUGUACUGUAGAGAAUAUCUGAAACUGGACUGGGCCAAGAUGAACCCUCGAGGCGGUGCCAUCGCCCUCGGUCAUCCCCUCGGUGCCACAGGCACUCGACAAAUCGUUACCGGUCUAAGCGAACUGAGGCGGACGAAGAAGAAGAUCUUAUUGACGAGUAUGUGCAUUGGAACGGGAAUGGGGAUGGCUGGUUUGUUUGUAAAUGAGCAAUGAUUAUAGGUAAUAUUCGAAAAAUAGCAUGGGGUGAAUGACGGAUGAGGAACUUUUUCUAUCUUCAUUCGAUUCUUGUAUUGUACAUGUGACUACCUACGUUUUAGGUAUAUAGCGCCAAAUGACAUUUUACCCUAGCAAA